CCAGAUGUGGCCAUAAGGUGUCAGUAUUUCUGUUCCUCUUCAAGGAGCUCUCUGUUCCUCUUCUUCUUGCGUUGCGGCUCUUGUGAUGUGCGCCUGCGCGCAGAGUAAUUCGACCCACAAACCCGGAUGCAACCAACGCCUAGUCUGUCGGUAGAAAGAAGAUGCAGACUAUAAAAUGUGUGGUGGUAGGAGACGGUGCAGUUGGAAAGACCUGCUUACUGAUCUCCUACACAACCAACAAGUUCCCUUCAGAAUAUGUGCCAACAGUGUUUGACAAUUAUGCAGUGACAGUGAUGAUCGGAGGAGAACCUUACACACUCGGUCUCUUCGACACAGCAGGUCAGGAAGAUUAUGACAGGCUGCGUCCUCUCAGCUACCCACAAACAGACGUCUUUCUUGUAUGUUUCUCAGUUGUUUCUCCAUCGUCAUUCGAAAACGUUAAAGAGAAGUGGGUGCCUGAGAUUUCUCACCACUGUCCAAACACACCUUUUCUAUUGGUGGGCACACAAGUAGACCUGCGGGAUGACACGAACACCGUUGAGAAGCUGGCAAAGAACAAACAGCGUCCCCUUUACCCCGAGAGCGGCGAGAAGCUGUCACGUGAGCUCCGAGCCGUCAAAUAUGUGGAGUGCUCUGCACUCACGCAGCGAGGACUUAAGAAUGUAUUUGACGAGGCCAUACUGGCAGCGCUGGAACCUCCUGAGACCAAAACUAAGAAGAGGUGUGUGCUGCUAUAAAAGAACGUCAGCAAUGAGGGAUGUCAUGGUGUGAGAGAGUUGUGGUAUUAUUCAACAGAUCAAUGAAUUAAAAAAGAAAAAAAAAGGACAAAACCAAAGGGGAUGAGAAGUCUAGUGCCAUUAAGAUUUAUUGUAAUACAUGUUUAAUGAUUGUGCCUUUUAAAGAAACUGAGGCUAAAGUCGCAAAACCUUUCAACAUGCAAUAAGUGCCAGAGUUUAUUUCUGAAAACCUUUAAAAACUACUGUAUUUUUUUAUUCUGUGUCCCCUCGUAUUCUCUCAUAGCUCUAUGCUCUUUUUUAAAUAUUCAUUAAAAGUGGCCUUUUGACUUUGUGUCUGAGUAAAAGCAAUUUGGGGACACUUAAGUAAUAGAUUAAUUUAAGGAA